AUCGUCUUACCAUCCCAUCUCAAACCACUCGUCUACAACAUUACAGUUGAGCCCAUUUUCGAGCUGAACUCAUUCACAGGCAACGUCUCAAUCGACCUAAACCCUUUGCAAAAAAAUAUAAACGCCCAUUCAACCACAAAUCCAAAUGAUGCUUUGAAUAAUGACUCUCAAAUUCCAAUUUCCAUUGACUUGAACUGCUUGCAAUCUGACCCCAAAAACCAAACAAUAACCUUCAACUUCGCAAAAAAUACAAAAAUCAUAAACCUAUUCAAUUCCUCAAAUUACUUAUCUCUCUCUAUCCACUUUUCUGGAAAAUUAAAUAAUGCUUUAUUCUCUGGUUUUUGCUCUGGCCAAUUCAAAAAAUUCGCCAUCUCUGACUUAGAACCUUCAGGCUGUCGUUCGAUAUUUCCUUGCUUUGAUCAACCAAAUUCAAAAGCAAUUUUUAACGUCUCUUUAAUCGCUGACAUGAAUCUAACCUGCCUAUCGAACAUGGAUAUAAAAUCACAACUCCCUCUUAGAAAUAAUAAUAAAAAGAAAAUUGUAUCUUUUAACCCAUCCCCAUUAAUGUCAACCUAUAUUCUAGCGUUUCUAGUCGCUGAUCUAAAAUGCUAUGAAUACCUAGAUAACACAUUUCCUAUUAGAGUCUACACACUAUCCACUUUCAAUUCAAAUUACAAAAAAUCUUUCAAUUCGAUUUGUCAAUUGACUGCAAAGACUCUAGAAUUCCUCAGUAAAACUUUUCACUACGACUACAAUCUACCUCAUCUAAAUUAUGCUCUAAUUCCAGGUUAUAAUGGUGCAAUGGAAAACUGGGGUCUAAUAGUUGCAACAGAAUCUUUAAUCAAUGAAAAUAUUCUAUUGCCACAUUUUUCUCCUGAUAAUGACCAUAAUAACAACAAUUCCACUUCUCUUUCUUCCUUAGAUCUUUCUCCUUCUUCAAUGGCCGCUGUUCAAAUCCUCCAACAUGAAUUGUCUCAUCAAUGGUUUGGAAAUCUUGUAACAAUGCACUGGUGGAAUUCUUUAUGGCUCAAUGAGGGCUUUGCUACUUUUUUAAAAUGGUAUAUUGCUCACAAAUUCUACCCCUCAUGGAAAGUUUGGCCUGAAUAUAUUGCUGAAUCCUUAGAAUUAGUCUUCAAAAUAGAUUCUUCUCCUCAGUCCCAUCCCGUCGAAUUAAAUAUUCAAAAUGUAUUUGAAGCUAAUGAUUUCUUUGAUCCAAUAGUAUAUAUCAAAGGCUGCUCUCUUUUAUUAAUGAUCUUUCAUCUUUUGGGAGAAAAUCACUUUAAUAGAAUCAUUUCCUUAUAUUUAAAGACUUACCAAUUUAAAAACCUCUCGUCUUUAGAGUUUUGGAAUUUCGUUUCCAAACAUUCCAAUUUGAACAUUACUAAUUUAAUGUACAAAUGGACUUUCGAAUCUGGCUACCCAAUUAUAAUGGUAUCUGAAAAUCAAAAUCAAAUCACUUUGAAUCAACAAAGAUGUUUUGGCAAUAUUGAAAAUUUUAAACAAGAAAAAAACAUUCUUUAUCCUUGUAUUCUUAGACUCAAAAACAAUCAAAAUAAAAUUCAAAAUACCAUUUUUGAUACAGAAGAAUUAAAAAUCAAUUUUAACGAUGCCUCGUUUUUCAAAAUAAAUUCGGAUCAUAUCGGUAUUUAUCGAACCUGCUAUGAAAAAAAUCGCUGGGAGAUUUUGGGAAAACAAGCAGUUAUAACAAACCUUCUUUCAGUGGAAGAUCGCAUUGGUUUAAUUACUGAUUCCUUUUUUUUGGGAAAUUCUGGUUACUGCUCGAUUAUAAAUUUCUUUAAUCUCAUAAAAAAAUGGACUCAUGAAGAAGAAACUAUUGUGUGGUUACAAAUGCUAACAAAACUACAUGAAAUUCGAACUCGUUGGACUUUUGAGUCUGAUAAGGUCUUUAAAGGAAUAAACAAGUUUAUCUCAUUUUUAAUUUCUUUUAAACUCUCCAAAAUUGAUUUAUCUAAUCUUUUUAUCGAAAUCAAUCAUUUUUCAAACAAUUAUUUGAAUCUAGAAAAAGAAAUAAUACAUGCAGCUAUUUAUGCCAGACACCUGGAAGUCUUAAAAAGAGCCGUAAAGCUAUUUAGAGAUUUGUCUCCAAAUGAAAUACUAGCAAUGAAAUUUUCUAUAAAAAUCUCAUUUUAUCAAUCAGUUGCAUUUGGAGGAAAUGAAAAUGAUUAUGAAAAGAUGAUAGAAAUUUACGAAAUUUCAUCAACGCUUGAGGAUAAAAAAGCUCUUCUCUCUUGUUUGGGCGGAUUUUCUUUUUCAAAUUUAAUCGAUCGCACUUUAAAUUUAAUUUUAGAUUCUUCGUUUGUCGAAGACGAUCAAAUUUUAAAUCUUGUCUACGGUUUUAGAUACAACAAAAUGGGAAAAUUAGCAUUGUGGAAUUGGUUUAAAGAAAAC